AAACGGUGUACAAAUUUUAGAACCUCAACUCUGCAAUGACAUUAAGACUGUAAAGAACAUGAGGAUGCUGUUAAUGAAGAAGCUAUGAGGGAUACGUUCAGCAACACACAGCACCGUCUUUUUAGAGAAGAAUCGCAAGCCAUCCUAACAGCAAUGAGAGCCGUCUACUGGCUGGCCAAGGAGGAUAUAGCAACAGUCAAGUACGACUCACUGCUCAAUUUUCUGGAUGAAGUUGGCCUCGAAAGUGUUAAGAAUCUUUGAGUGGGAGGAAAUGUUACCUAUCGAUCUCAUCAAAGUGCUGAAGGUACAUGCAAGAUGCUAUUGCUACUGUUCUGAAGUCUAACAUUGACAAACUACAGUAGAAGCCAGCCCAUUCUUUUCUCUGUUAAUCGAUGAAUCAAUGGAUCAGUAAUCAUGAAAAUCUUGUUGUUUAUGUUAAGUUAUUGAAUGAAUUUAAACCAGAACUGCACUUUUUAGAAAACAUCAACGUUCAGAAUGGAAAGGCAGAAACUAUUACAACUGCUGUCAACUUGCUAAUGGAAAGGAGAAAUUGACUUGCACAAAAUGGCAGGAUUUGGCAGCGAUGGAGCAAGUGUCAUGACAGGAAAAAACAAUGAAGUUUCAAAACGAAUGAAGGACAAUAGUCCAUUUCUUGUGUCUAUCCCCUGGAUGGCUCACAGGCUUGCGCUUUGCACAAGCCAAGCGGCUAAUGGUAUUCCUUAUUUGGCAAAAUUCAAAGAGAUCCUUACUGCUCUGUUCUGCCAUUUUGACCAGUCUGCCCUCCAGUCACAGUCACUGGCAGAAUUUCAGAAGAUCUUUGAACAUCCUGAGCUAAAACUCAAGGAAGUGUUUGAUACACUGUAUCAGGUUGUUUUCAUUCUACGGUACUCUGGAGACACUGUACCGCACCUGGCAGUCUCUUGUGGCCUACAUGGAAUCUCAACCCAAUAGUGAUGAUAAGCCUGUGCAUUCAAUAAGAGCCUGAAGGAGUUCAAUGUCAUUGCCACCCUCUGCAUGAUGGCGGAUGUGAUUCCUAUUCUCACAUUCAUGAGCCUUGCUUUGCAAAAGGAACAUGUAGAGCUUGCUUCAGUUCAGACACUGGGGAAAUCAACAGUUACUACUACUCAAAUAACCGCUCUUAAGAGUAACAAUGGCAAAUUCUUGUCCGAGAUUUUGCCAUCGCAAGAUGAUGUUUCAGAAGUUAAAUGGAGAGAGAAUAAUUGUUAUAGUGAUUUUUGUUCUUAACUUGCCCGACGGGCAAGUGACAGCUUGCCCAAAUGGCAGGCUGUAAAACUGACUUUCUUCACACCCUGCUUAGGGCAAAAAUUAAUGCUGGGUUAGGGGAGGGGUAGGUACGCAGUUUCCCCGAAAUCUAAAUUAAUCCAGAGGUUCAAUUGUAGUAACCAGUGCAAUGGUAGACUGUUCGUUGAUGUUUUGUACAAUAAUAAUUGUUAUCAUGUUUGAAAGUGUUGUGGUAACAAUCCAUCAAUCGUAAACAAAUUCAGUUAUCCAUAACGAUUGUAAGACAGUCAUCAGUUUCUUACAUUGUUGAAAGGAUAGAUUUCUUAUAAUCUCUAGUAGCCUUUUUUUUCCUUUUCUCAAUAGUCAUAAUGUUAGUAUUUUUUUUCACUGUCUAAUAAAUUGUAAGAAAUUAGUAAUCUGUAAUGUAAGUGAUUGUUACAAUGUAUGUUAAAACUUGUCUUCAGGUUCUUCAUACUGUAAAUUAUGAUUAUCAUCCAAGGUAAAAAUAACACUAAUUAAUGGAAUACUGGAAUUCGCCAUUAGUCAGUCAUUUGUUGUGAUUUUUACACUGUACAUGUAUGUACAGUAUUGGAGGCAUACAUGUACCAAUAUCAAAGAGUUGCAAAAAGUGGGAUUAUCAGUUUGCUUGCUUGUUUGUUACAAUUAUUUAACUAUCAUUCUAUACAUGUAAGUACAUGUACAUGUAAGAAACUACAGUUAUAACCGCCAUAACUCAAACUCUGAAGGAAAACGGAAAACAGGUCAAGUUAGCAGAGGUUUUUCAGGCCUUAGAUUAUGAAAGUGUACGGAUUUCUUUAGUUGAAGCAUGUGAAGGGGUAGGGAAAUCUCUCAUUUUGGUCUGUAACAAGGCCAAAAGGGCCACCAGAUGCAUUUUGCAUUUAUGGCUGUGAAAAAGUUGAGAAAAUGUUCUGGUUUUGUAAGUUAUUCAUAUUUUUUAAAAAGACAGUGCAUAAAUUUACAAAGUUGUAAAUUACAUGGAGGUACAUGUAUGUGAAAGAGGCAAAAGGAAUGCAAAAGGGGUACAUGAAGCUUUUCUGUCAAAAAUGGUAUACAUUGUACAAAUGGUGAGGGGUCAGAGUACCUCAGGGCGUGGCCUCCCCAUAUAAAACUUUGUUUAGUAAACCCCUCCCCCCGGGAUGUGUCGGAAAUGAAGUUACAUGCACAUGAAAAAUACAGAAUCUUGAGACUGAUGCAUGAAUUUGAAAAGCCAAGGAAAGGCAAAAUUUAAUAUUAUAAGUCUUCUAGUUGGUAGAAUAAUAACAAUUUAAUUGUUUUUAAUUUGACUUGUAAUAUUUUUUAUCGUGUUUUUUUUAAUUGUUUUGUUUUAGCCUUAAAGGCCUGAUUCAAAUGUUACACUUCACAUGUGCUGAGUGUAAGUCCUACUCAUGUAUUUUAGUCAACUGAAAUAAUUAACAUACGUGUACGGCUGUUGAUUCAGACGUGGGAUUUAAUCGUACCGAUUUUACCACGUAAUUUGUUCCCAGUCUUUAAAACAACUUGUUAUCCAGUAUGGAUAAUAGUUUCUAUAAUUAAUGCAUGAUAUAUACAGUCAACUCUUUCCUUGUAGACACCCAGCUAUAAUAGACACCUCCAUAAUAUACGGACAGCAGCUAAAUCCCAGGCAAAAAUAAAUCAUAAAUGUUUGACUGAAAUAACCUCGCGCUAUUAUUGACUCUCACAAAUGAGGACACUAACUCAAGGUCCCUGCAGUGUCGGCCAUAAAGGGAGUUGACUGUACAUAUAUCCGGCACAUGUGAAAUGUGACAUGUGAAUCAAAUGUCUUACCUUAGUUGAAUCUCAGUCACAGAUUCGUCAGAUUCGCAUUUAAUUUUAAACUGUCAAAUUUAAUGAUUCAGACGUCACGUCUCACAUGCGGUUAAUUCUCAAAUUAAAUUCGAAAUUCGCAGUCCCAAUUUAAAAAGGGAGCCAAAGGCCCAACUGGCCCGAGCUUAUCCCAGUUUUAUUAGCACGAAGCAUGCCUAAAGGAGUAUUGCCUUUCCCCCUGGACGGGAUGCUAGUUCAUCACAGGGUUACUCCGGUACCCCAUUUUAUACACCUGGGCCGGGUUGUUCAAAGAAGGGUUAAGUUAACCCAGGGUUAGCGCGAAAUUUGAUUUCAGAUGUGAAAGCUUGAGAAGCAAAUUCAGUUUUAUCCUUUUUGCCAACAAUUUGAUGAUUGGAUGCUCUAAAAAGAAGAGAGGAAAUUAUCCGGGAAAAUACUUUUGAACAAAAGAAAAAAAACCCGGGUGAAAAUUUAACCCUGGGUUAGCGCUAAUCGGCCUUCAAACAACUGGGCCCAGGGUGAAAGAGGAGUAAAGUUCCUUGUCUAAAGGUGGAAACAAUGCAACAGGCAAGGCUUGAAUGCCAGACCUCCAGCUACAUGUAUUAACUGCUCGGCCACACAUGUCACCUGAGCCCCAAUAUCCACAUACAGAUUCUCCAAACUGGUCUCUAUACAUUUCCCUAAAUAAUAUUAUUAUAAGGUGAGAGUUGAUGAAAGACCAAAACAUUAUAUUUUUAUUAAUUGAUCUCAAAACCUUUUGUAUUGAUGAUUAUUGUUAGGAGAAAAUGGAUUGUUGUCAUUCUUGGGAUUUAAAGGGUUAAAGGGGCCAUACAUAUGCCAUGUUAUUUGCUGUCUGUUUAAAAAGCUAAAACAUGACUCAGCAUCAAUUGAAUUCCAAAAAUGGUCCUUUUUUUUAGGACUGUACAUGUACAUUUAAUAGGCAUUAAAACUAUUUCCUGCUGUUUGUUGCAAGGGAUGGAAAAGAUGGACGUGGAUUGAAUCUUAAAAAAAAUUGGGGUAACUUUUUCAAGUUUUAAUACUACGCCUCCAAAAAUCACCACAAAUAGUAAUAACUAUCGUAGUAUGGUUUGUCGUCCCUGAUAGGAUUUGUUUGAUUAUUUUUCAUAUCUCUAUAAAAGUAUUUUUGUAUGGGUAAGGGCAGAGUAAGUAAGGACUUAAACACAACAUUGAUAGCAGUACAUGUUUCUUUAAGACAUAACCCCUUUGAUUCCUUUAUUCUUUAUCCUUUCAUGUAACAAGCAAGUCUGCACAGUGUAAAAACAAAACAAAAAACAGGAAAAAAAGCAUUUAUUGCAGUGCUGUCCAAAAACAUUGAAUUUAUUUUAAAACAACCGUGUCAACCAUGUAUUCUUUGUCUUUUAUACAUUUUUGUAGUCAAGUUCAAUUACAGUGUCUAGUCCUGUAUAUAGUGAUCAAGCUUUGUUGUUUGAAUUCCUUUUUCAAAAUAUCAUUAUAACUUUUCUUGCUUCUGAAGUAAACUUUACAUGAUACAUGUACACUGUACUUGCAUUACCUUCCCCAUCCCACUUCCUUAUUUUUGGUUAUUUGCUUCUCGCUCCCGAUAACUUGUACUCCUGAUAACUGGAAUUUUUUUCGAUUUCUGGAGAAGGUUUGAGUCACCAUAAGUUGACUGUACAGCACAUGAAAGGGGGAUCUUUUGCCUGGUCUUAAAACCACUGGAACUACAUGUAUGGAUAAUGUACUAGAGGCAAUGGACAGAAAUUAUAGCUUCAUGCUUUUUGCUUUUUUUCUCUGUAGGAGACGAAAUUCCAUCAGUGACCGUGCCUCAAAUCAGUGUGUUGAGGCAGGGUGAGAGCACCACAUUCUCAUGCAACCUGACUAGAAAUCCAGUUCAAGGAACAGGAACAGUAUUGAAAAGAAUUUCUUGGUACAAAGAUGGGAUUUUGCUGGAAAGUAUCAGAAACCCUGACCCAGAUAAGCCAUUAGACACCCUUAGGCCGCUUGUUCUUAAAAAUAUUGGUGUUAGAGAUGGAGGAAACUACACCUGCUCUCUGGAAGUGGCGCUCCGCAAUAUCAGAAUGUACAAUGUGUCUGAUAGCACCAUGGUUGAAAGUAAGUGCACUGUAGACUGACCCUGAUGGAGGGUUAGCCCUUGACUGCGAUUACAGCCAUCUCCCCUCGUUUUCCCCUGCCAGCUGGACAUUCCACAGGAGAGAUGUCCGUCCCUCAAUGACAGAGAUUCCAUAGUGAUGACGUAAAGUCUGUCUGGAAUCUGUUUAGGAUUUCUGAUUAGUUGAUGUAGUGUCUGCAUCAGUCUGUACAUGCACGUAGUACAUGUGAUGUAGCUAUUGUUUACUAGUGACAGACAAUAGACAAAAAAUCGCAAAGGUCAAUAAUGAAAGUUCAUUAUUUUUGGAAUAUUAUCUGUUUAUUGAAAAAAAAACAAAUUUUUUUUAAGUUUUGCAGAAAAAGUCAAAACUUUACAAUAUUAGACCAGGAGAAACAUAAACUGAGGCAAAUUUACAUUUGGAACCCCGUGACUACUAGAUAUAAUAUUAUUUUAUUAUGUUUUGUUAUACAAUUUUGUACGUGUAUAAAACAUUGAUUUACGUCACCUGCAUGGGAUUUUGGUCGUAGCUCAAGAUGUAGACCUUCUCUCCCACAUAACACUAUUCUUGACUAGCAAUGAGUAGUGAGGAAAGGUGAUGUAUUUGGUGAUUGUUAAGAAUUUGAAUUCUUUGGGUGAGAAGUUUAUUCUAGACAGUUGUUAUCACUUUCAUUUAGUUGCUUCUUGGCUGAUUAAGUACAAGGAAGAUCCUGAAUUCAAGAAAUUCAAAGGAGACAGUGUAUCGUUCGAGUGUCCUGCCAAAGGUAACCCUUUGAAGGUAGAGUGGAAAGUUAAGAAGAAAGGGGAAGAUGCCAUUACACCGUGUAUCAGUAAGUUUACCAGUCAUUGAUUUUGUUGAAAAAUUUUCUUGCAAGGCGCAGAUUCCCAAAGUGUUUCUAUUUAUUAUUUUAGACAUCAAACAGUCCCCAAUUUUUCCUAGGAAGAAAAAACUUGGAGGUGGGGAUGGUCACAUGCACAUUUGCAUAUUUUAUUUUGCUCUCCUUUUUUUAUGAGGAAAAAUUAAGAAUGGACUAUUUUUAGUCUACCCAGUCGUGAUAGAUUGUUUUGAAAUUGGUCGUUAUUUACCUUUCUCAACGUCAUAUAAAAGCAACGUACCGAAGGGAUAACCCAGUCCUUUUAUUUCUAACAGAUGGAUCAGAUGGUAAAUACCGUAUACAUCGCGAGGGAAUUUAUGAGCCUUAUUUCCUGACCGUGAAUGACUUGCAGUACUCUGAUCGUGGAUCUUAUUACUGUUGCCUUCCCUCGAACUGCUCGGAUAGUGUAGAGGGAGACUGCCAGCGUUUUGUACUUCGGGUUAGAGGUAAGGUUUCUUGUCCUUUAAGCCCAAGAAUAUCAACACACAAAUUCUUCUAACCGACCUCCAUAAAUUUUUUAGCGGAGCUCUCGCGCGCGAAGCGUGCCAGUGGAGCACCUUGGGUAAGAAAAUCAAGUAAACUACGCAUCCGAGAAAAUUUGGUAAUCACGUGACCGUACACCGCCCGCCCGAGAGACCGUCCGUCCGCACCACAGGUAUACCAAUGUAAAAUAAGUCAAUCAACAGGUAUGGUAACCCAAAUGCAACUCGAGGUUAUUUUCGCGGGAAAUCACAUAGCCACCGGCGUCUUGUAAAGCAGAGACAACAAAAGAGUCAAUAAAGACGAAAACGGAAAGCGGAAAUUGUUUCUGUAUUCGUAUUGUCUAAAGUAUUAAGGUUUAGAGCAAGAGAAAGACUGAGAAAAAGAGAAAGUGGGCGGCAGGCCAGCAAAGCUCAACGAGAAAAAGGGCGACAGGGAUUUACAGCGAGAGAUAAAAAACAAAGGAGACACUUUUUUGUUGGAAGAACAACAUGAAAAUUUUGCAGCGGCGGUCAGAUGGGAAAUGUUAGCGGCCACCAAUGCAAGGUGAAGAUGAGCGGCAGUGAAAAAAAGUGAACGGGAACACGUAUGACAUUUCCUCCAUAAAACGUGUAACUAAGAAGUUUCUGGAAGUUUCACGUAGUAGUCGUGCAAAACAACGGCAAGGAAAUGUACAAAAAAGUGUGCUGCACGUGCAAAGUGGCUUUUGUUGUUUUUCACCGUUUUCCGGCGUUGCAUGCCUUCGCCGCUUAGCAUUACACGAUUUUAUAUUUUGUUUGAAUAAACUAUAAAUAUUAUCGAAAGCUUCGCGUUUAGCCCUGGCUAAAUCUAUAUUAUUAUCAACGUUUUAGGUUAUCAUUGUCUUAAAUCUCAUGACGACUUUCCCUAGCUACCGUAAAUCCGCUAUUAAACCCUCCGGGGGACGUAUUUAUUUCAAACACAUUUUUUUUGGGUGGUGGGGAGGUGGUAUUUAAUUGAGGAAAGAUGAUGGUAUCAGUUCUCCAUCAAGAACUAUAUUGCAAAGUGGAUAAGCUCAAGUACAAGAAGUUGGAGGUCGUGCUUACAGUUGGUGAAUAUACCAUUCCGGAUCAGAGUUUUACAGUCUUGAUUGUUUAAUACAGUCUAUCAUUUAUGAGUGAAUAAUAAUAAAGGGGAGGGGAGGGUCUUAAAAGAAAGAGGGGAGAGCUUAUUAACCUUCUUCCCCAGAAAAAAGGGGGGGCUUAUUAGAGAGAGGGUCUUACAUAGAGGAUUUAAGCUAUGCGCUGGUACUUUUAGGAGAAAUUUAAUACUGGCCAUUAGUUGUGUUUUUGCUGGUCAUUACUGGCGCUUUUCAGUGGGUUAAAAGACUUCUUGCUUAUUACUGCAUUUCUACUGAUUGAUUGAUUGAUGUGAUGGGAUUGGCAAAUGACUCAGGCAAAUACGAAUUACCAGUACAUGCAAGUACUUGCUGAAGGUUCAAACUAACCUGUGAUCAGGCGGUCCUUCCCCAUCUGCCGACGCUAUCCCCGAAAAAAGAACGCCUGAACACAGGUUAGUUUGAAACUGACACUGUUGCGCUGAUUGAAGCUCUUGAUUUUCUUUUCAGAUCCUCUGGGUCCACUGUGGCCUGUUAUCGGCAUCAUCAUUGAAGCCAUUGUGCUUUUCCUGAUCAUUUUUAUCGCAGAGAAGAGGAAGAAGAAGCGAGAAGGAGGUGAAGAAAAAAUCAUGUGGAAAAAAGUUUAUCUUUACCACUCUUCCUUCCUUCCUUCCUUCCUUCCCCCCCCUCCGUUCUUACCUUCCCCGCUCCCUGCUUCCCUCCCUCUCUCCCUUCCUUCCUCCCUUCCUUCCUUCCUUCCUUCCUAUCUCCUUUCCUCCCUCCCUGUCAUCCUUCCUUCCUUUUUCACAUCCUUCCUCCCUUCCUCCCUCCCUCCCUCCCUCCCUUCCUUCCUUUUUCCUUCGUUCCUUCCUCCCUCUCUCCAUUGCGUCCUUCCCUCCUUCCUCCCUCUAUCCCUCGUUAGCCUCCUUCCUUUCUUCCUCUCUUCCUCCCUCCUUUCCUCCCCCUCCCUUCCUUCGUGCGUCCCCCCUCCAUUCCUUCCUUUCUUCCUUCAUAUCUCUAUUUUCUUUACUUACACUGUUCAGCCCUUCUCUUUAUUUUUGUUCUAAAUUUAUAGCAGUACAGUGUAUACUGUACAAGUUCUUAUUAUUCUUCACUGUUUGUUUUUCAUGUUAUUUGACCUGAUUGUUGCUGACUUGAAUUUACAGUUGAUAGGUAAGUGCUUGUUUCUGUUUUAAACGCCUUUAUGGAAGCGCAGAAGAUUAAUUUGAUGAAACGUGUAGAAGUGGUCCUACUACUUCUACGUUUUCUUUUUGAGCGCUGUGUAAUUCUUCUAUCCACUGUCUUUCUGCUUAAUUUAGCAUUUAUUUAGAAUCACGUUUUCAUGUAUGGCAAAAGUCAAUUUAUACCAAGUUAAUAAGUUGUUUUCUUUUUACUUGUCGUUGUCUGUUUUAACGUAUAUCUACUUAAAAAUAAGGACUUUCAUGUCGGUUUAUCCACAAGGAUUAUAUCGGAUAGUUUUUUACAGUAGAACCUCGGUCAAACGAAGGGUCUAGGAACUGGCAAAAUUAUUUUGUUCUCUAUAACGAGAUUUCGUUAUAUUGAGGUUCUUUUUUCUUUUGCUGGAGUAAAGAAAAUCCAAGAAUAGUGUUGAUGAUGUAUCUCUUAUCCUACUUAUCACCUUGAAUCUUUCGAUUUCGAAUUGCCAUAAGUUUGAUUCUAAUUCUUCUUUUUCUGUUUCUUAUUUUUUCAGACAAGACGGGCGCGUAGAGUUCAGCUUCAGUUCCACAGAUGACGGAGACAGGGGUCAAGUACGCCUACGCAAAGUUAAUGAAUCUACCGUUGCUUGAGGUCCAUGUUAUAGCGUCACGGGUACUCAGAAAUCUCUAGAUAUCUACUCUAAUGUUCUGAUACAAUGAAACACUAAUCAUUUUAUUACGACUGUAUGAGUUGUGGAAAGCGACAACUGAGUGUUUUUAGGAGGGGCGCACGAUACUUUACUGCUCACUUAUCUCAUUAUAUAGCAAGAAAAAAAGUUAAAUUUAAAAGGAAACGCUGUAGUGAGAGCAUGAUAACUCAUAGCAUGCUAUCCAGCGGCUUUCUACUUGCACUCGCGACUCGAAAGUGCCCCUCGGAAUGUGGACUAAAUUAGGAUUUUUCUGUUUACUACAAAAAAUGAGGUCUGGUUCAUUAGAGAAUAUAAAAUGAGAAUCGUUCAUGGAGUAAUCAUAAAUCUAGUCAAAGUCCAGUCUACUGGCUAGCGCACUUAAGAGUACUCAGUUGUAGCCGUUCUUGUUCUUGUUUUUUGUUCGUUUUUGGUUGUGAAGCGUAGCUGUAAAUGUUGAAACCUUUCUUUUUACCUCUGGUACUUACUUAUUUUAACCUCUCCAGUUGAAUCUUUUUUCACUAUUUGUUUUUAAAGCAUUAAUCACACAUUAAAGAGUUUGCCGAGCCCGAGUUUUGCAAUUUAUCGAAAGAGGCUGUCUCAAAACCUGACCAUCAUGCAGUAAUCGUGCAAAAAAAUCACUUUCGGUACCUUCAAAGAUACGGUACGAAUUUGCAGGGUUUUUUCACCUUAUUUGGGUUUAGCACGUGCUUGGUGAUACUUAGCAAUAGAGCGUUUUCACAUGACGUCACGGCGGCCAUAUUGGUUUUCCAAGUCGACGAUGAAACGGCGGCCAUGUUGGUGUACCCAGAAAAUCCUCUGGGAGUUGAACUCUUUUCUCAUGUAAAUGUUUUCUUUUGCUCCAAUAAAUUAGCACAGAUGCUGGUCACGUGAGUGAAAACGCUCUAUUGAGGGAUGCAGAGAAAAGAGUGAUUACUGCCUCAAAGUGGAGGCCACUCGUUUCACGCACAAUGAACCACUCCCUUUGUUACAGGAGCGCCUUGCCUUGUAUGAAAACGUUUUUUUAAUUAAAAUGAUUAUUUAUCGGUCGAAAGUGUGACCUAAAUGGAGACGUAUCUUGUCAACAAUGUUGUUUGGACUUUGCUGAAGAUACAGUUGUCAGGAUGGUCUUUUUAUCGUGGUUUGAUUUCGUGCUUGGUUCAAGUUCUGUUUUGUUGCCAUUAAUUUAGUCCGUCUAAAUUGUUGCCCUGUACAAAAGCGGCAACAAAAAACAAAACUUGAACCCAGAAAUAAAAAGUGAUAAGCCACAACAAACUGUAUACAUGCACGUAUUCUGUACGGAUACUGGUGCAUGCAUGUGAUUAGACAAGUUUAAAUCUUGGAAUUUCUUACUCCGGUUAGUGACAGCAACGCUCCUUGUCGCUUCCUGGGCCGGGCAAUUGAAUGGAGUAAAAAGACAUGCUGUCUGCAGGACUCGACAAAAGUCUUGUCUGUUAGUCUGUAACAAGCAGAUUUUCUUUCUGGGCAAGUAAUCACUUGGCCGUUGGUCAAGGGCCCGUUCAAGUCUAUUGUAACUAAAGAAGAAACCAAGGCAAGGAUGCAACUUCCCCGGACAAGCAAAAUUUGAGGACUGCACUUCCAAUUCAAUUUUGUUUUGAAUUGUUUUCUAGGCGGACUACUUCUUGCAUUAGAGACGUUACGUCAUCACGUUUACGUCAAACGGCAAACUCUAGUUUGUACCACGUGACCAAGUUUCCCCUUUACUUGUCGUUUCCUGUUCAUUAUUUCUACACAUGAAAAAUUAGUAGUUUCACGCAAUUUUUUAUUCGUAGGAAUUGUUUUGAGCUGUUUUUAUCUGCUUAUUUUCUAUUUUGAGAAAUUCUCAACCUGAAUCUCACGUUUGCCGUUUGCCAUAUAUGUGAAGCUCAAUCUCUCUAUUACUUCAUUAACCGACGAAUCUGUUGGAGGGCCGUCAUAAUCUUUUCCGACUGAAUAUGAAGAACCGGAAAUUGGUCGGUUGAUGUUCACGAGGUAGAAAUAGUGCUUGUCUCAUUGGCUAUUGCAGUUCCAUUUU